CUCUCGAAUCUCAAUAUAUGCCAAAAACCCUAGUGUGGCUAGCACCCUGCCUGUUUGGGGCUGCUCUGUUCGUCGGCGACUGAAAUGGCGGCAGAGGGCGACGAAGUGCUUGUCAUAACGGUUGGCGGAAAAGGCAGCGCUCUCUCCUCAGCCUCCGUCUUCGCCGUCGCCAACGGCGUCGCUCAGGUUCGCAUCGACUCGUCCGCCCUCGAUAGGCUGGGCUCUGCUUCUCCUCCUCCUCCUCCUCCUCCUUCCGCCAAGUUCAAGUUUUCGCUUCUCAAGGAUCUGUCCACGGUAGAAGCCAGGGCUUCUCUCCUCCUUUGUUUGAACAAGCUAUUGCUCGCCGCCUCCGCUGGCGGUGGUAUUCAACCCUUCCUUCCCCUUCUCAUCCCCGAUUCCCUUAACAACACGUCUGAUUCUCAAGCUGCUAUCGAUUUGGAUCAUGAAUUUGAUGUCACUCCGGAGGAACUCCAUGUCCUGGAGAAAACAUUAUUUGCCCUGGAUGGCAUUUCGGCAAUUUUGGACCACCGGUCGUCGGCCCUCUGCUCCAUAGCCGACGCGGCGGCAGCUCUAUCUUGCGAGGCCUCUGGUGCCGAUGUGUCUGCAUUUAGUUUGGUCGACUCGGGCGGCGAUGCCUCCGCUGCCAAUAAGGACGAGAUUGGCGUCGCCGGUGACUUGAAGGUUUUCCUUAAUGGCUCCAAAUUGCUGGGCAAGCUCGCGCCCCAGGACUCCGUUUCCGAGAUUCCUCAGGUUCAUGGUUCGUUUAGGGAAAUUGCGAGGUUAGUGCACUUGAGGACGAGGGUAGAGUUGAAUUCGGCUCCAGUUAUUGCUGCUAAAGCCGGCAAGGGUGGUUCCACUAGUGGUGGAAAUGCCAAGGCACUCGCCACGGCUUUCUCAUCUCAAGCUGUGGCCCUUAGGCAUUUGGGCACAAGUAGCCGGUCUCGUGCAAAACUUAACAUUGAUGUAAUUAGCAAUGCUGAUCUCCGGUCUAGUUUAUUGAAACUAUUCGAUAGGGACUGCCAUGAGGUUGAUAAUUUGGGAAACUUAUCCAUGUCCAUAUCCCAAGCGGGUUUUAAGGGAGACUAUAUUAAGUUCUUUCACGAGCUUAAUCGUUUAUCAGAAAUGGUGUGGAAGAUUUUUUCCUGGGAAGUAGCAACAGCUUUUGUUUCCCUUGAGGGGAGUGAAUAUGUUGAAAAGCUUCAAGGUAAUGCUGCUCCGAAGGGAGAGAUGAACGGAGAAAGAGUGAAAGCCGAUAAGAAGAGCGAAAAGAGAAAGAAGGUUUCAGGAAAAGGAACUUCUGUCUUGAUACAGUUUAUUAAGGAUAGAUUGCAGAGUGGGGGAGUCGAGGCAGUUGACGCUUUGUACCUACCUGAGAAAUGGGUACACGACAUUCUCUUGCUAUUUGACCUAAAGCAAUCAGGUUUUUCCAGUCUGUUGAAGAAAGUGAAAGACAUUGUUGAAAGCAAUGAAAGCAGAAGACUUCCCAAGCUUCCAAAGGGUACUCGUGAUUUUGCAAAAGAGCAAAUGGCCAUAAGGGAGAAAGCAUUCUCAAUUAUAACGGAAGUUUUCAAGAGGCAUGGUGCCACUGCCCUGGAUACUCCUGCCUUUGAAUUGAGAGAAACUUUGAUGGGAAAGUAUGGGGAAGAUUCAAAGUUGAUUUAUGAUCUUGCUGACCAGGGUGGGGAGCUUUGUUCAUUGCGGUAUGACUUAACUGUCCCGUUUGCUAGAUAUGUGGCCAUGAAUGGUAUUACAUCAUUUAAAAGGUAUCAGAUCGCAAAGGUUUAUAGAAGGGAUAACCCUUCUAAGGGAAGGUAUCGUGAAUUUUAUCAAUGUGAUUUUGAUAUUGCUGGUCAAUAUGAGAUGAUGGGCCCAGAUUUUGAGGUCAUAAAGGUUAUGACUGAACUGUUGGAUGAGCUUGAUAUUGGUGAUUAUGAGAUAAAAUUGAAUCAUCGGAAACUCCUUGAUGGCAUGCUGGAUAUUUGUGGAGUGCCGGCUGAGAAAUUUAGAACUAUAUGUUCUAGUAUUGACAAGUUGGACAAACAAUCAUUUGACCAGAUUAAGAAAGAAAUGGUAGAAGAGAAGGGCUUAACUGCUGAGACAGCAGAUGCAAUUGGCAGUUUUGUCAAGGAAAAGGGGGCCCCUUUGCAACUUUUGUCUAAGCUUAAACAGGAAGGAAGCAAGUUUCUAGAAAAUGAGGGAUCUCUUGUUGCACUGAAUGAAUUGGAGAUUUUAUUUAUGGCAUUGGAGAAAUCAAAGUGCAUUGACAAAGUAGUUUUUGAUUUGAGUCUUGCUAGAGGUCUUGAUUACUAUACUGGAGUCAUAUAUGAAGCCGUUUUCAAAGGGGCAACACAGGUUGGUUCAAUUGCUGCUGGUGGACGAUAUGACAAUCUUAUAGGCAUGUUUGGUACAAAACAAGUUCCAGCAGUUGGUGUUAGUCUAGGAAUAGAACGAGUGUUUACAAUAAUGGAGCAGCUUCAGAAAGACCAGAAUCAGGCUACCCGAGCUACCGAAACUCAAGUACUAGUCGGCAUUCUGGGGGAUGACUUGUCGCUUGCUGCCGAACUGGUAAGUGGACUGUGGGACGCCAGAUUGAAAGCAGAAUACGUCGUCAGUAAGAGAGUGACGAAGCACAUCGAGCGCGCCAAAGCUUCAAGAAUCCCAUGGAUGGUACUAGUGGGCGAGCGGGAACUGAAGGAAGGAAUUGUGAAACUGAAAGAUGUAGAGGCAGCCAAAGAAGAGAAAAUUCCCAGAGAGAAACUCGUCGAGGAGCUUCGGAAACGCUUAAGCAGCAGCUCAUCACCAUGAAAAUCAAGCUCGUGUCAUCAAGGUUCUAGCAGUCCAUUGUUCAUUGUUGCGUACCUAUACAAUUUACUUCUAGAGAUGUAACAAAGCCUGUUAAAUAUUGUACAAGAUGCUGCGAGUGAAGAAGACCACAAUGUGCUUAUUUUGGGUUUAACCAGGGUAACAAGUUUAUUCUUUUCUUAUUGUUUGGCACUAUGGAAUUGGAAUGUGAAGUCCAAUGUUUUGAGUUCGGAAU